AUGGCCGCCGCCUCUCCCGAACUUUCAAACGGGACCACGUCCUCAAGCGGUAGCCAACAAAACAACAAAACCGCUGCGAGGAACAACCCCUACUACCCAACCCCCACCGAAACCAUCCUGCUAGCAGCCUACCCAGUCCUCCUCGUCUUCGGCACCCUCUUCUCGCUGCUCAACCCCAACGUCCGCUCCUCUCCUUACGACUUCAUCUCCCAAUCGCACGUGCAAAACUCCGGCGCCGUGCCCUCGUAUUUCGCGAGAAAGGAUAACCUGUUCAACGUCCUUUUCGUGAAGAGGGCUUGGUUCUGGAUUACCGUUUCCUUUUUCGCGUUUGUCUUCACCCACCCGAGCUACAGAUCGACCGAGCGCAAACUUCGUGCGACGGUGCGCUGGGGCCUUGUCACGCUGUGGUGGAUCUUUGUCACGCAAUGGUUUUUCGGUCCGGCGAUCGUUGAUCGCGGGUUCCGGGUUACUGGUGGAAAAUGUGCGGUUGCGCAGGCCAAGGUCAACGAACAAGUAAAGGCGGACUCGAUUCCCGGGCCGGUGGGCGCAGAUGUGGACGUUGCUGGGUUUAAGGAGUUCGUUACCGCGGCGGCGUGUAAAGCUGCUGGAGGACGGUGGACGGGCGGACAUGAUAUCUCUGGUCAUGUCUUCCUUUUGGUUCUGGGCAGCGCGUUCUUGGUGCAGGAGGUUGGGUGGGUUGUUGCGCGCCAUUACUGGAGACGGAAUGUCAGGAAUGUGGAUGAGAGGACAGUGGUGAUGCAUGAUGGGGCUGUCAAGUCGGCUGGCACGGAUCUGGCGGCUGAUAAGAGGUGGGAUGAUUAUAGCCCGGAGAUGGACGAGGAGAGGGAGGUGAGGGAAGUAGCUGUUGCGGGAGGAGGACUUUGGGAUGCGCUGGGACAUGGAGGGAAGGCGAUCCUCGGCGUGGUUGGGUUAAGCGCGUGGAUGUUGUUGAUGACGGCUAUUUACUUUCAUACGUGGUUUGAGAAGCUUACUGGCCUUCUCGUCGCGCUCAUGGGAUUGUACUUCACCUACAUUGUGCCGCGCUUCGUCCCGGCUCUGCGUGGGAUUGUCGGACUUCCUGGUCUAUAA